AUGCCCCCUAUCACCAACACUCGCAUUGUUCGAAUAAAACUAAUCCCUGCUAGAGGAAAGUUUACAACUGAUCUUGUCAAGACUGAGACUGUCGAACUUGAUAUCCAGUUAAAUGAUGGCGAGAUCCUCAUCCGCAAUCUUUAUUUGGCUUUGGAUCCAUGCUUCGCCGUCGGUUGGGAACAGUAUUCGUAUGUCACCAACCCUAAGGCAUCAGGUGUUGUGAUUAUCCCUGACCCUGCAAGUAACCCUAAAAUCCACCCAGCAGAGUACCUUAGUGCUUUAGGAAGUAACGAGCUCACUGCGUACGCAGCUGCAGAAAGAGUCAUCAAGUCCGAGAAGGGCCAGGUGGUUUACAUUUCUUCCGCCGCUGGGUCUGUGGGCGGGUUUUUUGUCUUCUUGGCUAAGCGUGCGGGAGCAUUUGUGAUAGCUAGUGCUGGUUCAGAUGAAAAAGCCGAGUAUUUAUUGAAGCACUUGGGAGCAAAUGUGGCACUUAACUACAAGACCAGAGACAUUGGGAUCGAGUUGGAUGCUGCAUCCACGCCAAGAGGAGGUAUCGAUGUCUAUAUCGAUCUUGUCGGUGGUGAGACUUUGGAUAUAGUCUUUAAAAAGAUUAAACCAAAUGACCAUAUUGUAGCAAUCGGAGCCAUCUCGUCUGUAGGCACAGAGACCCCCUAUGGCUACCACAACUUUGGGCAAAUCGUUAUAAAAGCCAUUAAUAUCGAGGGGUUCAAUGUGCUUCAGCAUUUGGAUUUGUAUCCUCAAUUAUGGAAGGAGAUUGGGCCUUUGAUCGCCAGCGGUGAGUUCAAGGGCCAGAAGUUGACAGUCCUCAAAGCACUGGACAAUGUUCCUCAGAAUAUGAGGAUUAUUUGA